AUGCCUACAGGCUUACCUACGCCACCUUACGGGGAGCGAAUGGCAACCUUUUCCCAGAAAUCAGUAAUGGGUACACUAUUUGAGACAACUGAACGCUACACAGAAUGGAAACCUCUUGGACUUGGGGUAUCUGGGCUUGUCUGCUCUGCAAGAGAUCAGCUUGCUCAUCGGACUGUCGCUGUGAAGAAACUCUCGGAACCUUUCAAGACACCGGCUAUUGCAAGACACAUGUUUCGAGAAAUGAAACUACUGCGACAGUUGCGACAUGAAAACAUCAUCAACCUGACCGAUAUCUUUAUUUCUCCCUCAGAAGACAUAUACAUUGUGACCGAACUCAUGGCAACAGACCUUGAUACAAUAUUGAAGGCGAAAAGAGUCGAAGAUCAGUUUGCCCAAUACUUCAUGUAUCAAAUAAUGCGUGGCCUGAAAUAUCUCCAUUCAGCCGGUGUCAUCCACAGAGAUCUAAAACCAAGCAACAUUCUGGUAAACGAGAACUGUGACCUGAAAAUAUGUGACUUCGGCCUGGCCCGGAUCCAAGAGUCACACAUGACCGGCUAUGUCUCGACGAGGUACUACCGUGCUCCCGAGAUAAUGCUCACAUGGCGAAAGUAUAACGAAAAAGUCGACAUCUGGAGUGCCGGGUGCAUCUUCGCGGAAUUACUUCUGGGGGAGCCUUUGUUCCCUGGAAAGAACCAUAUCAACCAGUUCUGUGUUAUCACCGAUCUCCUUGGGAGCCCCCCUGAAGAAGUCAUCAACAAUAUCACAAGUGAAAAUACGUUGAACUUUAUCAACUCACUCCCAAAGCGAGCCCGCACUCCAAUAUCACAGCUCAUUCCCAAGGCGAAUGUAAAUGCGGCGGAAUUAAUCGAUCAAAUGCUUCAAUUGGACCCUCAAGUACGAAUCUCCGCAGCAGAAGCCCUCUCAUCCCCAUAUCUCGCACCAUACCACGACCCCAAUGACGAACCAGUCGCUGCGGAAACAUUCGACUGGGCCUUCCUCGAAGCAGAACUCCCAGCCGAUAUCUGGAAGACCAUCAUCUACGGCGAGGUGCUGGGAUUCCAUGCAGAAAUGAACCAGACUGGCCAGAGUGGGCCAAUGAAAUCGAUAAACCAGGUGGACGGGAUGGAUAUCGGUUAA